CGUGCUGCUCUGCUGCGGGCGGAAGAAAGUUUGUUUUGAAGCCGCCAUUCGUUUCAGCAACGUGACGCCCGUCUUGAACGUGAUGUACAUGAGUUUCAUCAGAAGACACAAAAAAUGUCAGCAUUAAAAAGUCAAGCCGAGAGUAGUUCUCUGGAAGAAGAGCAGAAAAGGAUACAAAACAAAAUAUCUCUGUCUAAUUGUGGAGUGUGUGGAUCAGAGAAAGCCAAGUACAGAUGUCCGGCCUGCCUCACACAUUCUUGCAGCUUGCUGUGUGUGAAGAAGCACAAAGAUGACUCGGGAUGCAGUGGAGUCAGAAAUAAAACGGCGUUUGUGGCUUUAUCCCACUUUGAUGAAAUGGCUCUUCUCAGUGAUUACAGAUUUCUGGAAGACACUGGGAGGUUUUCUGAUGGAGCCAGCAGAGACAGUCUGGUGAGAGUUCCUCGGACAACUUUAAAGUUAAAGUUACUGGCUUCUCAAGCCAGAAAGAUGAACAUCACUCUAAGGUUUCUUCCUCUCACCUUCACUAAGAGAAGAGAAAACUCCACUGUCUUCAAUCCAAGAGAGAAAAUGUUUCUGUGGCACUUGAAGCUCAUGUUUCCUCAGAGCAGCUCAGAGUUCAGUCAGAGGAGGGUGCCGGACAGACACACCUUGAAGCAAAUCUUGACAACCUACAUCCAUCCCACAGAGUCAGACCCUGUGACUCGUCAAAAGUUGAAGAUGUAUGUUAAUGCUUCAUCAGAAAAUGUGAAGGUCUUCAUGAAAGCAGAGGGAAGAAAAGCUAACUCUGUCAGGUAUCAUGAGUUGGACACUGAGAAGAGCCUAAAAGAUAAUCUGAGCUUUAAAAUGCUCAUUGAAUAUCCUGUGCUUCAUGUUGUACUCAGAGAUCAAUGGAAGGACUAUCCGCUGAAAGGACCAGCUGAACCUGCAUCAGCCUGCACCAGUUUAGCAACAAAGAACGUUGGGAUUGAUGGACAGAAACGGGCUGUGGAUCACGUUUCACCACCAUCAGUGCAAACAGGAACCAACCUUCAGACGGCAGCUGAAGAGAUCAGCCCCGAAUCUGAGCCUCCGCUGCAGAAAAGGGCAAAGAGAGGAGUGGAGGAGGAAGAGCCGGAGGAAGGGGAGAUCCUCGACAGCAGUGAUGAAGAGGAGAUGCUGGAAAGAAAUCAAGCUGAAAGCAUCCCACUGGAAAACAAUACUUCGGUUAAUGAUAUGAAGAAUAUGCAACAUGAUGUUAACUAAUAGGUUUGUAGUUGAAUUUUCAGACAGGUGAGGUCUUCAUGAGCCAGUGGGACAUUGGAGAUGAAAGGAAGCUGUAUUGACAGAUGGAAAGGAGGCUAAUGUCACAUUACAAUGAAAUAAUUGGAAAACAAUAUUGUACUGUGCUAAAAAUACGGAUUUCAGAGAUCUGAGGUGUUUCCAUAUGUUUUUUGUUCAUUUAUGUAUAUUUUUGUUAUAUUUAAUAAUAAAGCAUGUUUUAAUCUUCUUCUCUGGGGCUAAAAUUAUAUAAAACGCAUCACAAUGUUAUCAGGCUGGUAAAAAUAUCACUCAGAGGGGAGAGGUAAUAAUUUCUUUCAGAUUGUCUCCUUUUAUUAUGGUUAUGCAAUAUAACCGAGUACUCAGCCAAAAAACUCAAAACCUUAAGACUUUUAUCAGGCCUAUGAGUGUUGAAAUAUAUGACUUGAAGCAAAACGUUUCUCAUAGUAGGAACAUUUCCAAAAGUUCACAAUCUUUUGGAGAUUUGUGCAUUUUAAGAAGAAUGCAUCACCCCUUCUAAAACCUCAUUUAGAAGUGCCUUCUUUUCUGGUUAACUAGGAUUAACACCUUUGUUGGCUCUGUUCUUUAUUUAAGAUUAAGUAAGCUACCUGUAACUUGUGCCUCAAGGGUGAGAUUUUUAGUUUAGCAGACUUAAGGAAGAUCAUUAGUGUCAUUUCCUUAGCAGUUCGUAAAAGUAAAUGUUGAAGUUGUUUUUCUGACACCUCAGUGACUCUGUGUUAAGUGUUUAUUUGGUGAACCACCUUCUUAAUGCGGGCCUGUUAUGUUGCCGAGGCAAUAAGAACUGUUAGUUUAGCCUGUUGCGUUUGUUUAUAGAUGCACUUUGAAAGCCCAUGCCAACCUCUCACUGCUGUAAAACGGGUCUUUUGAUGGCCGACUGUGAUGACGUGUUUUCCACCUUAUUCCUUUAGGGGAAUGAGCUCACAUCUGACUGCAUGUCAUUCUCCCUAAAUAACCGGAGCCGUUUUCACACUGUGAAAUGUUACCAAACAUUAUUAAAUAUGUCAAAUUGACAACUGUACUAAA